AGUCGCACGCCUUCAUCACUUCUACCCUUCAAUCGUCUAUCCCCCGGUUCUUUACCCUUUGCACCUGCCUCCGUCCUUUAGCUCUCGCUGUCUGCUUGUCAGCUGUCUCAGCCGGUGUCGGUUAGUCUUUAAGAAACUUUAUUUUGAUAAAGAGGAGAGUGUGAGGGAUGAUAUCAGCAAUUUCAUGGGUGCCGAAAGGGGCAGCAAAAGCUGAACCAGCAGUGGUUGAGUUACCUUCCAAAGAAGAGAUUGAAGAGAUGAUCAAGUCCGGUGUCCUAGAUAAAAGUGAAGAUAAUGGCAGUGAGAAUGAAGAUGCAGAUAUGGAUGCUGAAGCUGAAGCUGAAGCUGAGAAGCAAACUGGGGAUGUUUCCCAAGCACUUGCUGUGGCAGAUGCUCUAGGAAAAACUUCCAAGAACAACACAGGGUCACAAUUGGAAGAUCUUACAGAUGGCCUGAAAGAACUUGACAUGGAAAAUUACGAUGAUGAGGAUGAUGGUAUCGAGUUAUUUAGCAAGGGGCUUGGUGACCUUUACUACCCAAGCAACGAAAUGGAUCCAUAUUUGAAGGAUGAGGAUGAUGAUGAUUCAGAAGAGAUUGAGGACAUGACCAUUAAACCCAUGGAUUCUGUUAUAGUUUGUGCACGCACUGAAGAUGAUGUCAGCCAUCUUGAGGUUUGGAUAUAUGAGGAUUCAGAUGAAGGUGAUUCAAACAUGUAUGUUCACCAUGAUGUCAUCAUUUCAGCAUUUCCCCUUUGCACUGCAUGGCUUGACUGCCCACUUAGAGGGGGAGAAAAAGGAAAUUUUUUGGCUGCUGGUUCAAUGGAGCCAUCAAUAGAAAUAUGGGACCUUGACAUUAUCGAUGAAGUACAGCCAUGUUUGGUAUUAGGUGGCAUAGUGGAGAAGAAGACAAAGAAAGGAAAGAAGAAAUCAAAAUACAAGGAUGGUAGUCAUACUGGUGCGGUUCUUGGUCUAGCUUGGAACAAGGAAUACAGGAAUAUCCUUGCUAGUGCAAGUGCUGACAAACAAGUAAAGAUUUGGGAUGUUGCUGCUGGAAAAUGCAACAUAACCAUGGAACAUCAUGAAGGCAAGGUUCAAGCUGUUGCUUGGAAUCAUCAUGUGCCACAAGUUCUUCUUAGUGGAUCAUUUGAUCGUUCGGUUGUCAUGAAGGAUGGAAGAGUGCCAACUCAUUCUGGUUUUAAGUGGUCCGUCACUGCUGAGGUUGAAUGUUUGGCAUGGGAUCCUCACACAGAGUACUCAUUUGUGGUGAGUCUUGAAGAUGGUACAAUCAGAGGUUAUGAUAUUCGAGCUGCCAAGUCUGAUCCAUCUUCCGAGUCAAAACCAAGUUUUACUCUCCAUGCUCAUGACAAAGCUGCUUGCAGCAUUUCGUAUAAUCCUGCAGCACCAAAUCUUCUUGCGACUGGUUCCAUGGACAAAAUGGUAAAACUUUGGGAUUUGUCAAACAAUCAACCUUCUUGUGUUGCGUCCAAGAAUCCUAAAGCAGGAGCUGUCUUCUCCAUUUCCUUCUCACAAGAUAAUCCCUUUUUGCUGGCUAUUGGAGGCUCUAAGGGAAAAUUAGGAGUUUGGGAUACAUUAUCCGAGACAGCCGUAUCCGGAAAAUUUGGGAACUACAGUCAACAGCCGAAGAGACCGAAAACAUAGGCUUGUAAGUUGAGAUUUUUUUAGUGUCGGGAUAGUUCGGUAUUUAUAAUGUGGAUACAAGAUAAGUUUUCACAGUUCUGGAAUCUAUGUUACUUUGUUUUAGGGAGAAUGUAUAUCUAGUGCAUGUUCUCUAAUUUCUAUUAUAUAUCAUGCAAAGGAGAAAUCCUCAGGAAAAUAUACGAGGAAAUGAAUGUGUUGUAGUCAAGCUUAAAGGAUCUCUCCCUAAAUAGGAAAUGGAUGUGUUGCGUUGAGAUGGAAAGGGUCUCACUUUUGUGCUUUUAGCUUAUAAUAAUAUUUGAUUUGAUCA